AUGAGUACCGUUUCCAGCACCUCCUCAUAUUUGCCCCAAAAGGAGUUUAGCGACACUCACAUCUACCACUAUGAUGAAGUUCCAGAAAAUAAAUCAUGGGCUUCUGCUUUACCUAUUGCAAAAGGUCUUUACAAUCCAGAACUUGAGAAAGACGCUUGUGGUGUUGGUUUCACAUGUCAUUUGAAAGGAUCACCAUCUCACAAGAUUGUAUCAGAUGCCAAACACUUAUUGUGUAAUAUGACCCACAGAGGUGGAGAAUUGAACCCCAAAGAUGGUGAUGGUGCUGGUUUAUUGAGUUCUAUUCCUCACAAGUUUUUGAAAAGAGAGUUUCAAUAUCAUUGCAAUGUUACAUUACCGAGAAAAGGUCAAUAUGGGGUAGGUAAUUUGUUUUUCAAAAAGGAUGAUGUUGUGUUUGACAAGUCUAAAAGGACAUUUGAAGAUAUUGCUGAUUCUUUGGAUUUAAAAGUAUUGGGAUGGAGAAAAGUACCACAUGAUUCUUCCAUUUUGGGUCCAGCUUCAUUGUCAAGAGAACCCUACAUUUUACAACCAGCUGUUGUUUUGAAAGAAACUUUGGAUUUGGAUAUUGAUGAAGAAGAAUUUGUUGCAAAAUAUCAGCAAGAGUUUGAAAAAAAAUUAUUUAUUUUGAGAAAACAAGCAUCUCAUACCAUUGGAUUACACAAUUGGUUCUACAUAUGUUCACUUUCAUCAAAGACAAUUGUGUACAAAGGACAAUUAGCUCCAAAUCAAGUCUAUGCAUACUACCAUGAUUUGGUUAAUGCCGAAUACGAGUCACAUUUUGCAUUGGUCCAUUCAAGAUUCUCAACAAACACGUUCCCAUCUUGGGAUAGAGCUCAGCCUUUGAGAUUAGCCGCACAUAAUGGUGAGAUCAACACUUUAAGAGGCAACAAAAAUUGGAUGAGAGCUAAAGAAGGUGUGAUGAAGUCUAAAUUGUUUGGUGAAGAAAUGGACAAGUUGUUUCCCAUUAUCGAAGAAGGCGGUUCUGAUUCAGCUGCAUUUGAUAACGUUUUGGAAUUGUUGGUUGUUAACGGGGUUGUUUCUUUACCGGAAGCUGUUAUGAUGAUGAUUCCCGAGGCUUGGCAAAACGAUGAAUUCAUUGACCCUAAAAAGAAGGCAUUUUAUGAGUGGGCAGCUUGUUUGAUGGAACCAUGGGAUGGUCCUGCUUUGUUUACUUUUGCUGAUGACAGAUAUUGUGGUGCCAACUUGGAUCGUAAUGGGUUGAGACCAUGUAGAUACUAUGUCACUGAUGAUGACAGAAUGAUUUGUGCUUCGGAAGUUGGGGUUAUUGGUAUUGAACCCGAAAAGGUUUUACAAAAGGGUAGAUUACAACCAGGAAGAAUGUUGUUGGUUGAUACCAAGGAGGGAAGAAUUGUUGAUGACAGAGAGUUGAAAAACAAUGUUGCAUCACGUUUUGAUUUCAAAAGUUGGGUCUUGGCCAACAUGAUUUCGUUAAACGAUUUGAAAGAGAAAUAUACGUCACGAGAUAUCAGCUUGCAUCCAACCCCAAUUGAUCCUGAGUUGACAAUUCAAACUGAUUCAAGAUUGGUGGCAUCUGGAUACUCUCACGAGCAAGUGUUGUUUGUAUUGGCACCAAUGGCAGAGGGUAACGAAGCAUUGGGUUCCAUGGGUAAUGAUAAUGCAUUAGCUUGUCUUUCUGAACAACCCAAGUUGUUGUACGAAUAUUUCCGUCAAUUGUUUGCCCAAGUGACAAAUCCACCAAUUGAUCCUAUUAGGGAAAAGAUUGUUAUGUCCUUGGAGUGUUAUGUUGGGCCACAAGGUAACCUUUUGGAAAUGAAACCAAACCAAUUAAACCGGUUGUUGUUGAAAUCACCAAUCUUGACCAAUGAAGAUCUUUUGGCUAUCAAGGAAAUUGAAAAAGUUUAUCCAACAUGGUCAGUUGCCACCAUUGAUAUCACAUUUGAGAAAUCUGAAGGUAUACAGGGUUACAUCAACACCAUUGACAGAAUUUGCCAAGCUGCUUCGAAAGCAAUUGCCGAUGAUAACCAAAUUAUUGUAUUGAGUGAUGUUGCCACCGGUGCUGAUAGAUUACCAAUCUCUGCAUUGAUUGCAGUUGGUGCUGUCCAUCACCACUUGGUUAGGCAAAAACAGCGUUCCAAGGUUGCGUUGAUUAUUGAGACCCAGGAAGCCAAAGAAGUACAUCAUAUGUGUUGUUUGGUUGGAUACGGUGCCGAUGGUAUCAACCCCUACUUGGCCAUGGAAACUUUGCAAAGAAUGAAGAGACAGGGUCUUUUGAAAAAUGAAUCUUUAAGUGAGGAGAAAGUAAUUGACAAUUAUAAGAAAUCACUUGACUCGGGGAUCUUGAAAGUUAUGUCAAAAAUGGGAAUCUCCACUUUGGCAUCCUACAAAGGUGCUCAAAUUUUUGAAGCUCUUGGUGUUGAUAACUCAGUUAUUGAUAUUGCCUUUGCUGGAACUGCUUCUAGAAUCAAGGGGGUUACGAUCGAGUAUAUUGCCCAAGAUGCAUUCACUCUUCAUGAGAGAGGGUAUCCAACCAGAGAAACUGUAAAACCAAUUGGCUUACCAGAAACCGGAGAAUACCAUUGGAGAGAUGGUGGUGAGGCACAUAUCAAUGAUCCAGCUGCAAUUGCUUCAUUACAAGACGCUGUGCGUAACAAGAAUGAAAGGGCUUUUGAUGCUUACUGUAAAAAAGAAAAUGAAGCAGUGAGAAACUGUACUUUGCGUGGUUUAUUAGAUUUCGACUUUGAAUCUUCAACUUCAGUACCCAUUGAUCAAGUUGAACCAUGGACUGAAAUCGUUCGUCGUUUUUUCACUGGUGCCAUGUCUUAUGGAUCAAUAUCGAUGGAGUCACACUCAACAUUGGCUGUUGCGAUGAAUAGAUUAGGUGGUAAAUCCAAUACAGGUGAAGGUGGUGAGGAUGCAGCUCGUUCCCAAGUUAAUGAAAAUGGUGAUACAAUGAGAUCCGCCAUCAAACAAGUUGCCUCGGGAAGAUUUGGUGUUACUUCGUAUUAUCUAGCCGACGCUGAUGAGUUACAAAUCAAGAUGGCGCAAGGUGCUAAGCCAGGUGAAGGUGGUGAGUUACCGGGUCACAAGGUAUCAGCCGAAAUUGGAAAGACUAGGCACUCAACACCAGGAGUUGGUUUAAUUUCACCUCCACCACAUCAUGAUAUUUAUUCCAUUGAAGAUUUGAAGCAGUUGUUGUACGACUUGAAAUGUUCCAAUCCAAGAGCAAGAACUUCAGUCAAAUUGGUUUCGGAAGUUGGUGUUGGUAUUGUCGCUGCUGGUGUUGCUAAAGCUGGUUCGGAAAACAUUUUGAUUUCUGGAGGUGAUGGUGGUACUGGUGCUGCCAAAUUGACCUCCAUCAAAUAUGCCGGUUUACCUUGGGAAUUGGGAUUAGCCGAAUCUCACCAAACAUUGGUGUUGAAUGACUUGAGAGGAAGGGUUAUCUUGCAAACUGAUGGUCAAUUGAGAACUGGUAGAGAUAUUGCCAUUGCUUGUUUAUUGGGAGCCGAAGAAUGGGGGUUUGCAACAACUCCAUUGAUUGCCAUGGGAUGUAUCUACAUGAGAAAAUGUCACACUGGCGCUUGUCCUGUUGGUAUUGCUACUCAAGACCCCGAAUUGAGAAGGAAAUUCGAAGGUACUCCAGAGCACGUUAUCAAUUUUUUCUAUUACAUGGCAAAUGAUUUGAGACAAUAUAUGGCUAAAUUGGGAUUCAGAACCGUUGCUGAAAUGGUUGGAAGGGCCGAGAAGUUGAAAGUAAGAGAGGAUUUCAGAAACACCAAGAAUGCCAACAUUGAUUUGUCACCAAUUCUUACUCCUGCCCAUACUAUUAGACCAGGAGUUGCAACCCAUUGUGUGCGGAAACAAGAUCACAAGCUUCACAUCAGGGUAGACAACAAAUUGGUUGAUGAGUCAGAAUUGACUCUCGCCAAAGGGUUGCCAGUCACCAUUGACUGUGAAGUGGUCAAUACUGAUAGGUCCUUGGGUACUACAUUGUCGUACCGUGUGUCCAAGACUUUUGGUGAAGAAGGAUUACCUCAUGAUACCAUUCAUGUGAAUGUUACAGGCUCUGCUGGUCAAUCAUUUGGUGCCUUUUUGGCCCCAGGAGUUACCUUGGAGUUGGAAGGUGAUGCUAAUGACUAUGUUGGAAAAGGGCUAUCUGGUGGUAGAAUCAUUAUUUAUCCUCCAAUUGAAUCUAAAUUCAAAGCCGAGGAGCACGUGAUUGCCGGUAACACUGCCUUUUUUGGAGCCACUUCUGGUUCAGCAUUUCUCAGAGGUAUUGCUGCUGAAAGAUUUGCCGUGAGAAACUCUGGUGCUAAUCUUGUUGUCGAAGGUACUGGUGAUCACGGUUGUGAGUACAUGUCUGGAGGUAGAGCUAUUGUGCUCGGAUCCACUGGAAGAAACUUUGCAUCUGGUAUGUGUGGUGGUAUCGCUUAUGUAUUGGAUAUGGCUCAGGAUUUUCCAGAAAAGGUUAACAAAGCCAACGUUGAGCUCUCUUCAGUCACUGAAACCGAUGAAAUUGCGUUUUUGAGGAAUUUGAUUGAAGAUCAUCGUCAUUAUACCGGAUCAGAAGUUGCUGAUAGAAUCUUGAACGAUUUCAAUAGAUACUUGCCAAGAUUUGUUAAAGUCUUACCAUUUGAUUACAAGAAGGUGUUGGAAAAAGAAAAACAACUUGCUGAAGAGGCCAAAAAGAAGGAACUAACCAAGUUUUUGAAAUCAAUCAAGGAAGAUCCCGAAUCUGAUGUUACCAAUGGUGAAGCAUACAAGAUCAAAAAGGGACAUGUUCACCGCUCUCAUAAACAACUCAAUGAACCAAAAGUUGCUGAUGUUGAAGAUACCAUUUUUGAUACUGAAUUUGAGAAAAAAGCGCCAGUAAAAUUGGAUAAAGUUAGAGGGUUUAUGAAGUACAAGCGAAACAACGAAAAGUACAGGGAUGCUAAACUGAGAACUUCAGAUUGGAAGGAAAUGACAUCGAGGUUGACCAAGGAUGAGUUGAAGUAUGAAACUGCGAGAUGUAUGGACUGUGGUGUUCCCUUUUGUACUUCUGACACCGGGUGCCCAAUUUCUAAUGUGAUUCCUAAAUGGAAUGAGUUGGUGUUUAAUGAUAGAUGGUUUGAUGCAUUGCAAAGGUUAAUGAUGACCAACAAUUUUCCUGAAUUCACCGGAAGAAUUUGCCCUGCUCCAUGUAAUGGGGCAUGUGUUUUGGGAAUUAAUGAAGAUCCCGUCAAUAUUAAAUCAGUUGAAUGUGCCAUUAUCGAUUAUGGCUUUGAGCAAGGCUGGAUUAAACCACAACCUCCAACUCAUAGAAGUGGCAAAACUGUUGCUGUUAUUGGAUCGGGCCCUGCUGGUUUAUCAUGUGCUGAUCAAUUGAACAAAGCUGGACACUUGGUAACUGUUUAUGAAAGAAGCGACAGACCUGGUGGGUUAUUGAUGUAUGGUAUCCCCAACAUGAAAUUAGACAAGGGGAUUGUCAGGAGGAGAACCGACUUGUUGGCAGCUGAAGGUAUUGAAUUUGUCUGCAACACCACAGUUGGUGAGGAUGUCACUGUCUCUGACUUGCAAUCCAAUUUCGAUGCGGUUGUUUUCGCUGUUGGUUCAACCAUUCCUAGAGAUUUAAAGAUUCCAGGAAGAGAAUUGGAAAACAUUAACUUUGCCAUGCAAUUGUUGCACAAGAACACUAAAGCACUCUUGGAUGAAGAAUUGGAUGAAGUGCGCAAGACAUUGCAAGGUAAACACGUUGUUGUUAUUGGUGGUGGUGAUACUGGUAAUGAUUGUUUAGGUACGUCUACAAGACAUGGUGCUAAAUCGGUCACCAAUUUUGAAUUGUUGCCUCACCCACCUUCAUCCAGACCAAAGGACAAUCCAUGGCCACAAUGGCCAAGAAUCUUUAGAGUUGAUUAUGGUCACACUGAAGUUGCAGCUCAUUAUGGUAAAGAUCCAAGAGAAUACUCCAUCUUGUCCAAGGAGUUUGUUGGUGAAGAUGGUAAAGUCAAGGGAAUCAAGACUGUUCGAGUAGAAUGGAAACGUUCAGACCAAGGAGCAUGGCAAAUGGCUGAAGUACCCGGCAGUGAAGAAUUUUUCCCGGCAGAUGUUGUCUUGUUGUCUAUGGGAUUCAUUGGACCUGAUGCCGAUAAUCUUGAAGUUGAAAAGACUAAAAGAGGCACCAUCAACACCGUGAAUCCAAACGUUUACAAAGUCGAUAAUGACUCCAAUUUGUUUGCUGCUGGUGAUUGCAGAAGAGGUCAGUCAUUGGUUGUUUGGGGCAUUCAAGAAGGAAGACAAUGUGCUAGAGAAGUGGAUGAGUAUUUGAUGGGUUCGACUAGAUUACCCGGUAAUGGAUCCAUUGAACAAAGAAGUUACAAGUUGUUGGAAGAAUUGGAAGUUGCUGCUUGA